AUUAUUUAUAAUGCUUUAAAGAAAAUAUCAAAUAUAAUCACAUUUUAAAGGUGCGGUUAUGUACUAGUUUGAAAAAAUGAAAAGGAGAAAGAUGGAGUGAUAAAUUUAUUCACGGCUCUCUUCAAGGGCUAUUAGUAUUCAGUUAUUAAAGCUGUUUGGUUGCCCUGAAAAAAAACGAAGAAGAAAAAAAAAUGGUGGUGAAGGUGUAUGGCCCAGCCUUUGCUUGUCCAAAGCGUGUCCUUAUUUGCCUUGUUGAGAAGGAGAUUGAGUUUGAGACUGUCCCAGUUGAUAUCAUCAAAGGAGAGCACAAGGAUCCUGAAUACCUCAAGUUACAGCCUUUUGGAGUGGUUCCUGUCAUUCAAGAUGGAGAUUAUACUUUAUAUGAAUCAAGAGCUAUCAUAAGGUACUAUGCAGAGAAGUACAAGUCUCAAGGAACUGAUUUGCUUGGGAAGACAAUAGAGGAAAGGGGUACUGUGGAGCAGUGGCUAGAGGUUGAAGCACAAAACUACCACCCACCAAUAUACAAUUUAGUUCUUCACGUUCUGUUCAGUGACAAGAUGGGGUUUCCUGCAGAUGCAAAAGUGAUUGAAGAGAGUGAGAAAAAUCUUGGGAAAGUGUUGGACAUUUACGAGGAGAGGCUGUCUAAGAGCAAGUACUUGGCUGGGGACUUCUUUAGCCUUGCUGAUCUCAGCCACAUUCCUUUCACUAACUACUUGGGUGCUAUGGGCAAGAUGUAUUUGAUUAAGGAGAGAGAGCAUGUGAGUGCAUGGUGGGAUGAUAUUAGUAGCAGGCCAUCUUGGAAAAAGGUCCUUGAGCUCUACCCUGCCCCAAUCUUGGAAUAAUGCCCUACAAGUCUAGGGCUGGCUGCUCUCUUUCUCCUAUCUUGUUUGAUGUCCUCUUGAGGAUUUAUGUCCAUGGUUUUGUAAGAAUAACAAUUUGAAUGCUUAUGGGUGUUCUUUCUCCAUUUACAUUUUCAAAUAAUGUCCUCCAUGUCUAGGGCUGGCUGCUCUCUUUCUCCUAUCUUGUUUGUUGUCCUCUUGAGGAUUUAUGUCCAUGGUUUUGUAAGAAUAACAAUUUGAAUGCUUAUGGGUGUUCUUUCUCCA